UUUAGCAAGUAAUUCACAUAUAUAAUUAUCUGGUUUCACAUUCGGGUCAAGCCUACAGGAUACCGAAGGCGAAAGGCAGGCUAUACAAGGUCACGACAUGCAUGAGCAUAUUUUUUUCCACCGCGAUUAUAUAUUUAACACCUCUCUUAAGGUUCUCGCCUCGCCUGUUCUAGCUCUUCCUGACAUUUCUUUUACCUGUGGCUGCGGUGAAUAUAAGACACCUUUUAAAAGAUUGACGUUUACGGCAAACGGCUAUGACCACAAAACGGAAAACUUCGUUUGCAUUUUGAGCCCGGUCUCAAACUGAUUACAUAGCUGAACGAUAAGCAGUUGAAGGUAUUUAUGUAAACAUGCAGCAUUCGAAACAUGAAAUGGAGUGAAUAAGUUAUAGUUCAGCGGUGGACAAAAAAACCUUUGAAAGCGAUCAUCUCAAAAUGUAUAUUAUAAUAACAAUACAAUAAGAUCUUGCCAUGAAAAUGUAAUAGUAAGGGCAAAAAACCAAAUUGUGCAUUCUUUUAAAUGGUAUACUAUUAUAAUUAAGUUAAUACAUUUUCAUGCAGUCCAAUAUUAUACUAGGGAGCAGCGUCUUCAAGCAACUUUGCAUCAAGUGUAUAUGGCAUAACAAAUGCCUAAAAUAGACAAAAACACUUCCCAAUGUUUCGUCCCGAGAGCCUAAUUGUCUGGAAAGUUAUAGUAUCUCUAUAUGCGUGACGAUGACUAUAUAGGAUUAUAGAGUUUAUUUUGUUAAAAUUUAUAGGCAAAAACAUCACGGUAUUUUGAGAUAGUAACUAAACAAUGCUUACUGCAUGCUAAUUUAUGGAGUUGUGGGCGAUUUAUCGGCGUCCGCUUCGAGUGUUCCCUUCCUGUGCAGAUUUCUCUCGUCGCAGCUGGCUCUAUAUGUGAAACUUUUCUUACCACGACAUUUUAUGUUUUUCUGAACUUCUAUAUGAUUACGACGAAAUGCAAAUGACUGAAGUCUGUAUUUUAGUGUUAUUUUAGUAUACAGACUAAACAUGCACGGCCUAAAAAAAAUUUAAUAUGCAUGCAUGACAUUUUUGGCUUUUUUCCAAUAGCUCUUAUCUAAGUUUUUUUUUCAUACUCUCCUAGUGCAAAAUCUCGCAUGCAGAAUUAACUAAGCCUAGUUUUAUUCCUAAUUUAUGGUCUUUACAUCAACGGCUGGAACUGUUCAAAUUCUUCAUAGCUAUACUGAAAGAAACCCGGUACCGGUAUUAAUGAUUGCUUAUAUGUAAACGACGUAUACAAGAACGAAAGAAAGAACUCGCUAAAACUGCUGUAUAAUUAUUAUCGAGGAUAUAUUAAAUACGAAAAAAAAAAAAUUUUGAACGAAAUUAAUUUGUAUAAUAUAUGUUGCACUAUACAUUUUAUUAGGCAAAUAGGAAGAGUUUUUUUUUCAUUUUCAUAAAUCUAGUAUUUUUUCGAAACGAAAUAAGGUAUAAUUACUAUAUGCAUUUGUACGAUGCUAUAGUAAACACAUAGAAUUGCUUCUUACGAGGACUUAUAUAAAUAAUUAAUUUACAAUUAUUGCGCGCAAAUAAAUACAAUUGAAAUAUACAAUAACUCAGAAUUGCCCAAUUUUGUCUUUAUAACUACAGUUAAAAGUGAACCUCUGGGCCUGGUCAACAACUUUGUCGAAUUCCUAAUUUCUCGCCAACUUCGGCCAACCAGGAAUAGAGUAUAACGUCACAGCUAAAAACUUUACCCGGUAUGCGGGGGGAAUGCGGGAUAAAGUUUCGUCAUAUGAACAGAAAAAAAAAUUGGUUUGUCGGAAACUUUUGCCCAUAUGAACAGGCCCUUCAGGAAUAAAGAAUCUAUAGAAUGAAGGGCGGAAGUUCGAUAUUUUUCUUUGUGACAAUGACCCAAUUCCUGUUCCUAUAUUGGCAAAGCUUUAUUCAGUGUGUUUCAUCAAAACAACCCAUAGUUAAAUAUAGUAAUCUAGAAAGUUAUGACGGGCCAGUUUGUAACACUAAUGCAUAACAACUUUCCAUAAAAAAGGCGUUUGGGAUGUUUUAUAAAAAAAAUCGUCCCUGCAUGCAUAACUCCACAUCAAUAGUUUCCAAACGUAGUAAGUCCUGCAUGGAGGUGACGCGUAUAGUUUAAAAUAUAGUAUUUUCCUUUAGCAUGUACAUGGAAGAUAGGGGGGAACAGCUGGAGCAUGUUAUUUGAGGAAUUUGAGGUAUUUCAAAUAGUUAAAUUUGGCAAAAACGUAUAGUAAAAGAUUCAGAAGAUUUACUUGAGGCCGCGUUAGGUUAGAUAAAGGUUAUUCAUACUUGAAUUGCUAAAAUUUGAACAAACGGUCCAAAUAUUUUAAAAUUUAUAUUUAAGGAAGCAAUAAUUUAAAACAUCAUUGUUUCUUUAUAUCCAGACGGGUGUUUAAACACACGCCUACGAUACUUACAAAUAUUCGUGGUUUAAAAAAUAUUGGCGAUUAUUUUUUGCCAGUUCUGAAGAAAUAUAUUCCUUCGAGGGUUUAGAAGCAGUAAUUUUUUCGAGUAAAUGUGGGAUGCUGAAUAAUAUAAUAAUUAAGAUUUAUCCUCCAUUUAAAAUGGCAGCUUAAUUGGGAAACAACAACCCCCACCCAGGUGGUUACUUUUCAACGACUUUUAGCUAGAUUGGUUCAUCUUUGUUUCACGUCAUACAUGCAGUCGCGGGUUUGAGAGCGGAGGUUAUAAUAUGAUUGAUAUCACGUAAGAUCUCACGUUACUAGAAGUAUACACGUAUAAUAACGUUAUUCUGCAUGCAGCAGCGUUAUAUAAAAGGCAGUUUAUGUCACUUGCAGCUUCAUUAAUUGAGAAAUUCAAGUAAUAAACCAUCAUUUCUGUAGCUACAAAACCUUAACUGCAUGAGGGCUAAAGUCUAAACGACAAACUUCUACUUAUGUUUGUAGACGGUAGCUAUAUAAAAAAUCUUCGAAAAACAGGAAGCUCUGUUGAAGAACCCAUGCACGUUCUGCAUAAUAUACGACAGUUUAAUCAGUAAAAAAAAUAGACCCGAAUGAAAAAAGAGAAUGGAAAGCGGAAAGUAGAGGAUGCGGUUGAAGAGCUCGGCGCCAAUUUUUUUAUAGCCCGUCUCACGUUUUUUGGAACCUGGUCUGUAUAUACACGUACAUCAGUACGUGCGAGAUACAAAGUGAGUACAAAAAGGUAAUCCAACUUUAACACGCUAUAUUUUGCGCAAAUACCUUGGUCAUCUGGCGUAUAGAUCAGCUAGGCAUUUGCCGUUAUUUUACCAUCUAGGAUAACAAAAUAUUUAAUGCACAAAUGUUCAGUAUAUAUAUCCCGCUUUCUGGCAAUGCCCGCUUCCUGAAUAUUCCCUUCGGCGAAUCUAAACUCCGUAAUAGGCUUUAUCUAUCAUCACGUUUCAAAACUUCGUACAAUAUUGGAGAAUAUUGGUAACAUCACGCAUGCAGCGUCGCAAAGGAGUGUCAAAAAUGGCUAAAAGAGCGCCACGUAUUUUGUGAACAUUGUCCCAGAGUAUAUUUGCUUAUCAAUAUCCUCCAAUCAGAUUUGCUUGAUUGUCUAUAACACUCUUCAGUUCAAAUAAACAUGAAUCUUAUGCAUGCAUGUGUUCUCAGUUCUAUAUUCUUGUAUUCAUUAUUUCUCAUUAAGAACAUGCAGUCAAAAUAAUUCGACUGUUUUAUGGUUCGCAUCAAAUGUAUAUGGCAUAACAACUGCUGAUGUCUCGUCCUGAGAGUUAGAGAGAGAGCUUUGUCUGGAAAGUAGACCACACAGCAGGAUCACCAGUUUUCCGAGUUAUUUUUCUCCAAUGAUCUCUUGUUCUCAUCAGCUCUCGAAUUUCCUUUCAGUUACGAAGGGAUUUGGACGAACUCUUACUUUAACUUUUCUGACUGGUGCAUGAUGAUCAAGAAUCCCAUUAAAUAACACAUCAAACUGAAGCAUUCAAACUGUCAUUGACAUCAUUAACGUUGUUAAUGACGGACCAUGGAGCAUUAGAUAUGUCCUCGCAAAAGGCCUCUUUGUUGUAAUUCUUGAACUGACUUCGGUAAACUUAAAAAUCUUAGCUGAAGACUAACAAUCUUGUACAUAAUCUUGAUUUGCAAACUGCUAUACUCAGGUAUGUUGGUAGUAUACUUAGAAUCUUCAAAAAACAAGACGCGAAGUAUAAACAAAGGGAAUUAAUGGAAACCGGAAGUACAGGGUGCAGGUAAAGACAUGUUAGGCGACCUUCUUUAGCCCUUCGGUGCUAGCAAUCUUCAUGUUUUUCAGAACCUGGUCAGUAUACACAUACAGAAAGUACACCAAUGGCAAUGGCUAUCACGGCGUCAGCAAAAACAAAUGGCCAAACUAUAUUAUUAUAAACUUGCAGGUUUUUCCGAGUUUAUAAUAACACAUUCUUCAUAGAAGUUCACGGCACUAGUGACGUAAACGUAUGUAUGUCGCGUGGCAAAAAGCUCGACACGACCAACCAAGCUGAAAUUACGACUUAGGGCUAGGCUGGUUGCGUAAAACUCUUCCACUAUAUUUUGCAUAGUUAAAUCCUAGUCAACUCAGCACGAAAGAUAGGCCUAUAGGCUAUAUCUAUCAGUAUUAUCUGCGACAUUCCUCGUUUUUACGAAACACGGGCAAGGUUUUUAUACCACUUGUCAAAGAAGAACAAAACUACAAGUUAAACAAAGAAAUAUCUAUUCAUGGAAGAUAUAAUUUCAAAUGGAUAAACAGUCUAAAGGUCGCAUGUCCAGGUGCGCCGCACGUGAUUAAAGUUGUUAUUUCCCAUGAGAUAACACGUUAUCUCACUCUGCACGGGGUCGCCCGGGCGACAUCAAAAUUUCGUCACUCUCGCGUGAUUCGCAUUCGACCAAUGAAACGCUACGAACACCAAACUUUGACAAGUGGUAUAUAACAAUCAUAUCUAUUUACAUAAAUACGAACAAAAUAUUUGCUCUUGUUCGGUUAAUUGUGGAUCAGUGGAUGUUCAUACUAUUAUUACUGCACAGAACACUUCAGACGAAGAAGUUGGAAGCACUGGCGACAAAGACAACUGGACAAACUGGAGUGCAGCUAUUGGACUCAUGGAUAUAUGACUGGACUGGACUGGACUUGAACAUUUGCUGGAGAGUUUGUGACGUCUGCUUUUAAUAAUAUUGGUAGAGUGACAUUAUCGAGCUCGACGUGUUUUAUUUGGAUUGGACUUGUUAUUGUUCUAGACGAAAUAUUAAUACUUAAUUGUACUACAGAUGCCGUGUAAGUAAGAUGCCGUCAUUUAAUAUAUGAGAAAUCUAUCAAAAUGGAAACCUUGCUUUCAUAUGGAAACUCUUCAGAACACGGCCAAAAUUCGACAGGAGUUGGCAGUGCGUCAUUUGAUCACUUGUACCCUGCCUUGAUUCGUGUAUUUGCUGUGAUAAUUUUGGGCUAUAUUGCAGGACGUCUGGGCGUUAUUUCUGUAACAGAAGCGAAGGGAUUAAGUAAGUUCGCCAUAUUUCCCACAUUGCCUGCGUUUAUUUUUCGGGCUAUUGCUACGAUCGAUUUCUCGAAGCUAAAAUGGAUGUUUGUGUUCGUCGUGACCCUAUCGAAAUGCAUUGUAUUUGCCGGAGUUACGUUCGUAACCUUCUUGUUCACGAGGGAUAUUGGAAAGGCCGGGAUUUAUUCAAUGUUUUGCACAGUGUCGAAUGACCUUGCCUUGGGAAUGCCUAUAUUAAACGCUUUGUACAAACACACCCACAAAGAUUUCUUAUACUCCGUCUAUUUUAAUGUCCUUGUGAACGUGACGUUGUUCCUAACGGCGGGACUUCUUAUGAUGGAAUAUAGUCAGCAGCGGUCAAGAAGUACGACUUCCAGUAUUGGAGCAACGUUGUUUAAAACGAUCAAAUCCAUUUUGCUCUCGCCAGUUGUACUUGCGUCAUUAUUUGGUAUUGCCGCCAACAGGGCCUUCAAACAGGAUCUACCUACUGGCGUGGAUGCACCAUUGGAAACAUUGAGCAACGCUUUCGGCGCUACGGCGCUGUUUUACCUUGGCUUAAGCGUUGUUGGAAAAAUAAGGGCAAAAAUGGGCAUGAUCAUUUUGGUUCCAUUGUCACUUAGCGUAGCAAAAGUUGUAAUUUUACCUCUGAUCAUACGUGGGUUGUGCACGUCAUUUAAUGUUGGUGGCGAUGAGAUGCGUGAAGAUUGGAGUAUAUUUGGCUUCAUUUACGGCACUAUACCAACCGCUCCUACAACUGUUAUAUACGCUGCAUCGUUUGGUAUUCAAGAAGAUUUGAUUGCAUUUGGUCUGGUGAUUUCAACGAUGUUUUCAGCGCCUGUGAUGUACAGUUCAUCUAAAAUGGCAACUGUGAAAAAUAUGAAUUCUACAAACAUCGAAUACCGAAAUCUUCUUUCCAACACGCGAAAUGAUAUCAGUUUUGUUGCCAUUAUCUUAGCCUGUUGGGUCGUUGUGAUUUUAUUUCUCAGUCGUCGGUACAAAAUUCCACCGCACAAUUACACGAUUUGUCUUGCGUUAUCACAGUUAUUUCUUUGCAUUUCAUUCGUUCUAACAAAGCUGGACUCCUUCCUCAGUUGUUGUAAAGUGUUUGAAGCUUGGCUAAUAGCAACAUUUCUAUUUGCUACACAUUGUUGGACUGUUAUUUUGGCUUUCGCAUUGGCUAGUCUUCGAUGUGCGACGAAUCAAAGCCUCUAUGCCAAUAGAUUGGCGAUGUACAUAAUUGGAUGGGGAUUACCGGCUUGUUGCAGUGGAGUACUUGUCCUCGUGCUAAGGUCCGACAUUCAGGAUUAUAGGUUGAGUAAAAAGGAUUUCUUUGAUUUCUUCGCCGAAAAGCAUACGUUCUUGGCGUUUUGGGUCACCAUCCAGUUCAUUUGUGUGCCCGUUUGUGUUGGAUCUCUGGUACGCCUUUACAGAUGCGACAAAUUUUGCAAAUGUGAGAUGAUGAAGAGCGGAAGCCAUAUAGGGGAAGCUACACCAUUGCUUGCAAAAUCUGCAAGGGAACAAUGUCAUCGUUGUAUGAAUUCAGGCAAGUGUGCAAGUGCAAUAGAAAAGCAGUCAUCGACGAGUUCCAGCACUAACUGUGGUACAGAUAUCGAGGAUUUGGAUGCAUUGUAUGCAAUAGUAAAAACCAAGGGCCGUGAACCAGAGCAAACAAAACUAGCGAGUCACAACAAUAAGCUUCAGUUGGAUAAAUAUUACGAAGGAGAACAACAUCAGAGUGCACGACACAUUAUCGUUGUAGUCUGCCAAGUUUUGCUUAUGGUUGUGUGUAUAUUUUACUCCAUGUGGAUCCUGGUUGGUGAUGAAAAAAUGUCUGGAAUAUUUUUGGAAGUUCAACUUUUGGUUUCUAUCAUACUUUCAGCACAGAUUCUAGUUCUGUUCGCUGCCUUUGGAUUUGAACGAGCACUUUUCAUUGACCCGUUAUUGCAAAAGGUUCGUCGUUAUAGGUAUGGUAUUGAUGAGGUCAUUUUGCCACAGAUCCUUGACCUACCCGUGGACGAGUAUCAUAUAUGCGAACAGUUUGUCCAUUAUCACAAAAGAAGUUGUGUAGAAGCAUUAACUCCCAGAGAAAUCCACGAAAGUUCGUUAGACAACACUGGUAAGGUUAAUGGUGAUUCCCCAAUUUUUUUUGGAAGUGAGCUAGUUGAUUGGUUGUUAGAAGUUGGACUUGUUGCUGACCGUGUUACGGCCGUGCAUUAUGGAAACAGUUUACUAAGAGGCCGUGUUAUUCGCCAUUCUCAAAACCGUUACUAUUUCAGAGACUCAAAACUCAUUUACGAAUUUUGUCCAGGCUGGGAUAGUGAGGAAAAUCAAGGCAGACCUGGGAUGUGAAUUAGGUUGACCACCUCAGUUCGCAACUCCCAUGCAGAGAUGGCCUUCCGCCUUUGUAAAACUUUGGGAUUUCACAUCGGUGUCAUGCCAAAAGAUCUGCAGUUUUUUGUCCCUUUCCGAAUAAAAUCAACCACGGAUUUGAAAUUUGAUUACUUCUUGAUUAAUCAUUGCAUGAUCAAUUCGAGGUAUAUUAAAUUUAUUCAGUUCACAAUUUCCACAGAAUCGCUUUUUCGAAACUUUAGUAUUUUACAUCAGUACGUCAUGUCAAAGUUUUUGGUGUUUGCUGUCCCUUUAAGAAUAGAGUCAACCACGGAUUUGAAAUUUGAUUACUACACGAUUAAUCAUUGCAUGAUCAGUUUGAGGUAUAUUAACUGAUUUAUCCAGUUCACAAUUUCCACAGAAUCGCUUUUUCGAAACUUUAGUAUUUUACAUCAGUACGUCAUGUCAAAGGUUUUGGUGUUUGCUGUCCCUUUAAGAAUAGAGUCAACCACGGAUUUGAAAUUUGAUUACUACACGAUUAAUCAUUGCAUGAUCAGUUUGAGGUAUAUUAACUGAUUUAUCCAGUUCACAAUUUCCACAGAAUCGCUUUUUCGAAACUUUAGUAUUUUACAUCAGUACGUCAUGUCAAAGUUUUUGGUGUUUGCUGUCCCUUUAAGAAUAGAGUCAACCACGGAUUUGAAAUUUGAUUACUACACGAUUAAUCAUUGCAUGAUCAGUUUGAGGUAUAUUAACUGAUUUAUCCAGUUCACAAUUUCCACAGAAUCGCUUUUUCGAAACUUUAGUAUUUUACAUCAGUACGUCAUGUCAAAGGUUUUGGUGUUUGCUGUCCCUUUAAGAAUAAAAUCAACCACGGAUUUGAAAUUUGAUUACUACGUGAUUAAUCAUUGCAUGAUCAGUUUGAGAUAGAUUGAAUGCACGCGUGCAUGCAAAACGCAUUUAGACAAGAUAGUCAGCAGUAUCUUUUAGCAUGCAGUCUUAGUUUUUUCUGAUAAAUUUGCUUUUUGCAUGAAUAUGAAAACACCGGUUUAGAAAAAAUAAAAAUGACUCCUAAAACGGUGGAUACUCGCAUCGUUAGGCUGAAUGAUUUUAUUCUCUGCGACGUAUGGUGGCAUAUUCCACAUGAAUAUUCUUGUUUCUCAAUUACUUUCUGAAUCAACAAAGUAACUUGAGUAGUAGAGUGAUUUUUACAUAUAUGUGUUUCCAUAGUUUUAAUAACAUGCAUGGUCGUGAACUUUAACUGCUUCAAUGCAUGUUACAUGGCACAAUGAUCAGAAAGAAAUAAAGGAAUGUUCAAAACAGUCAAGGUAUUCAACAUCAUUCAGAAUGGAUAACACCCUUUGCUUUGUUUGUAACACGCAGCGAAAAAUCUCGUAUUCAUAUUUUAGCUAAUCAGCGCUUAGCAAGUUUGUCGAAACAGAUAUCAAUUCCGCAGAAUUUAAUCAAUUACCAUAUCUUUUGUUAUUCUUUAUUGAACCAGUCGAAAUUUUAUGAUUAUGUUUAGUUGUAAGAACUGUAGCUCUGACAUAAAUUUUAAACCGCAAUAAAGUAUAUUUCAAGAGAUAUUAGUUGUUUCAACCGAAAAAUGGAUUUUUGACAACUUGUCCCAGUCCUUUCCCGCUAUUUUAGAUCAGCUGGUUAAUUAAAGUAGCAAAUUCGUAUAGGUAUUUAUAAUAUGUAUAAUCAUGUGAUGAUGAUAUCAAGUACAAUAAGUACUGAUAAUAAAUAGUAAGUAAAAAUUUCGGAUUUAGAAUAAUCAGUACAGGUGAUGUUUUAAAAUUUUGCCAAAAUUGCCCCAGAAUGAUUGGAUGAGCCACCGGGACAAGCAAAAUUUUCACUGAACAAUUACGAGCUCUUUACGAGCUGUGCGAACUAACUGUACGAGCAACAUCGCAUGGUUAUUUAUUAAUAAUUAGCAUGAUAAAAACGUAAAAUUUUGUAGUG